UCUUCUUCUAUGUAUUGCCCUACCUAUCUCACUUUAAGAAUCCUAUCCUCUUUCUUCUCUUCUUUUCUAUGACAUAAAAGCAGUUCAUCACGAGGCACCGGACGAGAUGGUCGUUCUUUCAUAGCGGUACGCUUGCUGCUGAAUUCUACAUUAUGGCGACGAGGAUCUACGUGAGUUCUGCGCUGGACUGGGCUUCAGCGAGGACAUGCGGGGAAUGCUGAUCGCCGAAUGGGCAAUUUCUUGCGUGUCCCGGCAAAACCUUCCCCAGAACUGAUCCAGCAACAAGAUGGCGACUACAUCGAACGGCAUCACCGAGUGCUGAGAAGCCAUCUUGGAGCAGUCAUGGCCUCGGGCGGCAAGCUACCCCCAGAGUUCUUAGUCAAGCUGGGACCUCCGCCCAUUCCAUGGGAGCGAUGGAUCAAGAUGUUUGAGCGUUAUUUGCUGGCAACUGGCGCUCAAGAGUUUGGUGCAGAACGCCGUCGGGCAAUGCUGCUCAACUGUCUCGGAGAGGCCGGCCAGCAGAUUUACGACGCUCUACCAACGCCUGAGCCUGCUGUUGAGGAAGCGCUAGCACCGCUGGCAGCAGCAGGUGGCGAACAAGUUGUGGGAGCUCCCCUUGAUGUCUACGAGGAAACAGUUAAGUUACUGGAGGCUGAAUUUACACAGCCAGUCAAUGUGACGCUCCAGGAGCUCCAGUUUCAUCUACGAAGACAGAAAGAAGGCGAGUCCCUUCGCGAUUUUCUGUCGGCUCUACGGACGUUAGCCGCCAACGCUAAUUUUGGAAGCCGUACUCAAGACCGUAUCCGGAAACAGUUCAUGAUUGGAGUGGCUUCAACUGAAAUUCAGGAACGGAUGGUCCUCGAUGCAGCUCUCCCGUUCGACGUUGUUAUGCAUACCGUCAUGAACCUGGAAAGAUCACGUCGAGAGGUUCGAGAGUGGGCUGGCGUCGCUGCACCGAGCGAGCAGACCUGUCAAGUGACGCACUCAUCAGACUCGUCAGCCUCGAGACAACCCAGGGAGAGACAGUCCGGGCGACGUGAAGGGCAUGCUUCCAGAACGCCAUUCAAGCAGCCUGCCCGUCAGCAUAGUUCUUCACAACGGAUAUGCUAUGAGACAUCGCCGCCACCUCCACGGAGGUCAUCAUCCCAGAGGGUUGCGAGACAACGUCCUGCCUCGAGAAACGCGUGUGCGACCUGCGGGGGAAGCGGCCGAGAUCCGUUCUCCAGCCAUCAGCAACCACGACCUGGACAGUCGUCGGACCGCCGUCAGGACCCCGCGGCACAGUCAAUUCGCUCAAGGCCAGGCUGGCAAGGGCGGCAGCAUUCAAGGCGACAUGACAAUUUUCGCCACACACGUACUUGUGCCAACUGCGGACAUGGUCCUCAUCGAUGCCAGAGCUACGACACCUGCCCCGCAAGAAACCUUUAUUGCUACAACUGUGGUCGCAGGGGUCACCUUGGCCGCGUAUGCAGAAGCAUACGUCGGGACUACCAGCGAUCGCGAUACAAGCAAGUGGAGCAGGUGCUCUCAGAUUAUGAUGACUACGACGACGACGAUGAUUCUGAGAUCGUAUGCCACAUAACAGAAUCAUCAACUAAAAAAGUCUUGAUUACCGCCAAAGUCUUUGGAACGCCGAUACAGUUCCUGCUCGACACCGGGUCAUCCGUCUCAAUAAUGGACAAAGCCACGUUCAUGCAAUGGUUUGCGCGAGAUGCACUCGUCAUACCACCACCGGUGACGCUACUGAAUUAUUCGCGCCAGCCCAUUAAUAUCAUGGGAGCCUUCAAGGCCAUGGUGGUAUUCAAGCAGCGUCGCUCGCAAGUACUAUUCUACAUUGCAGACCAAGGCACAUCAUUGUUAGGCAUGGACGCCGUCGUGGCACUCGACAUCAAAAUGAGCGGAGCAACGCGGACUUGUUUCUAUACUGCGACCAGUGACACCGGUGAGGCUUCAACAAGUGCGGCAGAACAACCGUCAACGUCGUCACAAUUACCUACAUUGUCAGCCAAGUCGACGGUAGCAAAUUCAGCCGCGACCUCUCAGCUGCACGACUCGUCAGCUGCACUGGAGGAACAGUGGACUGAACGUCUUCUGCCACCAGCAAAGGGGGUACCUCCACCAGGACACCAGCAAGCGAUGGUACCCAUACCGUCAAAACCAGAGCCGAGCUCACUUCGCAGAGACAUCAUCAUCACACACCGAAAGAAGUGGAUUUCUCACGGACGCGCAGCGCACCAGCAACAGGGACCUCGCCAGCUGAAAGGUGGAAUCGGGCAGGUCCCGAUCCUGUCCGUGCUCCGAGCCCAGUCGAUUUCGGACAAAACGUCUUCUCCACUGAAGAGGAGUUAA